AUGAUAAAACUUCUAAUUCAAAGUAGUUUAAUGUAUCUAUUGUACAGUUUAUGUAUCAAUACCCAGACAACACAUGAUGGAAGAACUUUAUAUAAUAAACAUAUAGAUUAUAGGAGAUUAUUAUUAAAAUGUAAAGUACCUGGACAGCUUAAACCAAUUUAUUCAGAAGAAGAAUUAAGUUGGGAUAAUGAUUUAGAAGAUUUAGCUAAUAGACAAGUAGUAGCAUGUAAUUUAAGUAGUGAAUAUAAAAAAGUUGAAGUGGAAAAAGAAUAUCGUGAUAAAAUUGGUAUAAAUACAGCUGAUAAUUUAAAUGUUUUAAAUGCCAUGGAAACUUGGUUCAAUGAAUAUCAAUUAUAUGAUUACAAAAAGAAUAAAUGCAAAAUACCUAAAGAUUGUCUCCAUUAUAAAAGGAUUGUAUGGGGUAGCGCUGAAUUUAUAGGUUGCUCAACUGGAUAUUGUAAUGAUCAAACUGAAGUUAAAUCAGGCAAAAUAAUUGUGUGUUAUUAUUCACCUAUGGGUGAUGUGCAAACGUCACGGCCAUAUGAAGAGAAUAAAAUUGAUCCUUGUCCUCCUCCAAUAACAACAACAACCACAACAACAACGAGAAAACCAAUCACAGUUACUAGAAAAUUACAAAUGGGUCCAUAUGGUCGUUAUCGCUGUAACUGUAAAUGUCAACCUUAA